GCGUGUACCAAUGUGCGCAUGCGCGCAUUGAAGAAUAUGGCUGCGCCCAUGGAGCUUCGCUGCUGGGGAGCAGGUUGGGGUUUACCCUCAGUGCACACGGAGACUCUUAUUGUCCUGGCAUAUGCCAAGUUUUCUGGUGCUGACUUGAAAAUACAUGUUGUUGACUGUACGUGGAAGACUUUUACAGGAACUAUCCCGGCAUUGGUUUUGGAAGAAACUGUUGUGACAGGGCAUGUAGAAAUUCUCAACCAUCUUAGAAAGCAGAAAUACAAUGCUGACUAUGACUUGUCUGCGAAGCAGGGAGCCGAUACCUUGGCAUUUAUUGCACUACUUGAAGAAAAGCUCUAUCCAGCAUUGUUGCAUACAUUUUGGGUGGAUGCUGAAAAUUACUCCAAUGUUACCAGACCAUGGUUUGCAUCUAGGAUACCAUUCCCAUUAAACUUUUACCUACCUGGAAGAAAAUCAAGUGAAGCAGUAAACCGAAUACUCUUGACUCAAGGGAGACCACCUCUGUAUAGUAUCAGUGAGGUUGAAGCCAAGAUUUACAAUGAUGCCAAGGAGUGCCUAAAUCUUUUAUCAUACAGAUUAGGUUCAUCAGAAUAUUUCUUUGGUAACACACCCACCAGCCUUGAUGCCUUUAUAUUUGGUUUUCUUGGACCACUCCACAAAGUUCACCUUCCAAGUGGACAGCUCCAGCAGCAUCUUAAACAGCUGUCAAAUUUGUGUCACUUUUGUGAUAAUAUUAUAAGCACCUUCUUUAUGCCGAAUGCAUCUGGAUUUGGUUCAUUUGGCCAAGAAACAGUUGAUGCAAAUCUACAGAAACUAACACAGCUUGUGAAUAAGGAGUCCAACUUAAUUGAAAAGAUGGACGAUAACCUCCGAAGCAGCCCUCAACACAAACCCAGAAAGUCAAAUAAUAUGAGAUCAUCACAAGUAUUAAAUGGAGGUGACGAGUCUUCAGUUUCUGCCUAGCCCUCACCACAUUAGCUUUCUUGAAGUCUCAGGAACUGAAUGUUUGUAAUUAAAAGCUUAGUUUUCUACCGAGGAGGGAAUACCUGUUUGGUUUUAACUCUGGCAUUGGAGUUGACAACUCACUGUAACUUGAUUUGACAGAAUGGCUUGGAUCUCAAAACUAUCCCGUGCCCUUUUGUCUUUUCAAGUUAGUUUUGCACAUUUUAUUAUAUUACUAUUGCAGGUUCACUUUUGUGAGACCACACAACUGAAUGUUUCCGUUUCCUUUUCAGUCAGAUAAUGAGUAUGACGGUUCAGGCUUUAUUCCAAUAAUGAAUGCGUGAUAUGGCUGCUGCUCAGUUUCUUUCCUGAGUUUUAAACAUUUCUGUGUAUGUUGUUGAAGUUCUGAACGUAAAGUACGUUUUCUGCUCUAUUGGUAAACGCGCUUGGGUUGAAAACAAGUAAAAUAUGCUGAAACACGACUGUAAUUUACACAGUAUUGAUAUGAAAUGGCUCAAUGGAUGUUUAUCCCACAAAAUCACAUUAUUUAAAUUUUCUUUUUUUUUUCCAUUUUUGUAGUAUUACGUCUUAUGAUGUGUUAUCUUUUAUUCUUCAUAAAUUAAUUCCUUACAUGUUGUUUUGACUUUUCUUUCAGAUUUCAUCUUUUAAUUUGGUUAUCAUAAACAGUGAGUUUACUACCAAAUUUUCAUAUCAGACGUAUUCUAUUGUGCAGGGGGUGCUCACAACCUAUCAUUCCCCUUGACAGAUGUUCCUUUCCCUGGCACUCGGGCCCUACGGCAUUCAGAAAAAAUAAAUAAAUAAAAUGCAAGCACUUCCAAUUAUCGCUCAUGGGAAGCAGCUUUACAAUCUUCGCCCCAGUACCUUUUGAAGUUGUCCCCAUGCCUGCCGUCUAUCCAAGAGACAGCAAGAUUAGGCCGUGAACACCCCCUUCACAUUUACCUUUAUCACUUUGCACUAAGCGUACAUUUGUCUGAUUUAUCAAUUACUGUUUAGUGGCUGCACUUUUUGUUUUUAUUGUUACUGAAAUUGUCCCAUGGUAUCUCUACUUUGUCUACGAAUUCUGGUGGUAUCAUUCCUAUAAAUUCUUCAAAUCCUGAACUACUGUCCAUCAUACAUUAAGGCUACGUCCACACUACUACUAUUUAAAUGUUAUUUAUAAUGUAAAUGGUCUCGGUCCACACUAGCAUUUUCACAACAUUUACAAAGUAUCUCCAUCCACACUACAACAACCCAAGACACACUGGGAUAAGCUUUUAAGUAUGGAGACAGUCGAGGAGCAGUGGAACAGGUUUAAAAAUGUUUUACAUGUAAUGCAGGACAGAUACAUACCUAAAUUUGGAAUUAAUAGGAAACAAAAAAAACUCCACGGUGGAUUAAUAAAGAUUUAAAAAAGAAGUUGCAAAGGAAAAAACUGCUUUAUAAGGCAUAUAAGACUAAUGACUGCAAAGUGAAUUGUAGAGCGUAUGAGAACAUGAGGGCAAGCAUUAAGAAGGAUAUCAGGAAGGCUAAAAGACAAUUGGAGAGGAAUAUAGCAGAUUAGGUGAAAGAAGACCCUAAGAGAUUCUUUCAGUAUUUUUAGUAGUAAAAGAACAGUCAAGGAGGAGGUCAAGUGCAUCAGGAAUAGUAAAGGGGAAUUAAAAGAUUCAGACAGUGAAAUAGCGGAUGCCUUAAACUUACAUUUUUCUGAGGUGUUUACAAGUGAGCAAGUGGAUAACCUCCCAGAGGUAAACGCGACUACUAAGGAGGUACUGAGGGAUUUGGAAAUUGUAGAGGGAGAAGUACUGCUCAGAUUAAAUAAGAUGAAAUCGAACAAAUCACCAGGACCAGAUAAUAUUUAUCCUCGUGUUCUUAAGGAGGCUAGUGAGUACAUAUAUAAACCCUUGACGCAUAUUUUUAGGAAGUCACAGCGCACUGGAGAGAUUCUGAAAGACUGGAAAAUUUCAAAUAUCAUCCCAUUAUGUAAAAAGGGUGACAGGGCAGAUCCAAGCAACUAUAGGCCAGUAAGCUUAACAUGCAUCACAGGAAAAUUAAUGGAAGGAAUUAUAAAGGAUAAGAUCGAGCAACACCUGGCAAGGAUAAGAGUUAUUCUAAGCAGUCAGCAUGGGUUCAGAAGAGGGAGGUCGUGUUUUACUAACAUGCUGGAAUUCUAUGAGGAGGCAACAAAAGGAUACGAUCAAAGUGGAGCUUAUGAUAUUAUUUAUCUGGACUUUCAGAAAGCAUUUGAUAAGGUGCCACAUGAGAGGUUGGGCAUCAAAUUAAAAGAGGUGGGAGUUCAGGGUGAUGUUUGUAGAUGGGUGCAGAAUUGGCUCAGACAAAGGAAGCAGAGGGUGAUGGUGCGAGGAACUUCAUCAGAACUGGCUGAUGUUAAGAAUGGUGUUCCACAGGGGUCAGUGCUAGGGCCGCUGCUAUUUUUAACAUAUAUAAAUGAUUUAGAUAGGAAUAUAAGUAACAAGCUGGUUAAGUUUGCAGAUGAUACCAAGAUAGGUGGAUUAGCAGAUAAUUUGGAAUCCGUUAUAUCAUUACAGAAGGACUUGGAUAGCAUACAGGCUUGUGCAGAUUUGUGGCAGAUUAAAUUUAAUGUCAAUAAAUGUAAAGUAUAACACAUAGGAAGUAAAAAUGUUAGGUUUGAAUACACAAUGGGUGGUCAGAAAAUCAAGAGUACACCUUAUGAGAAGGAUUUAGGAGUCAUAGUGGACUCUAAGCUAUCGACUUCCCGACAGUGUUCAGAAGCCAUUAAGAAGGCUAACAGAAUGUUAGGAUAUAUAGCACAAUGUGUGGAGUACAAGUCCAAGGAGGUUCUGCUCAACCUGUAUAAUGCACUGGUGAGGCCUCAUCUUGAGUACUGUGUGCAGUUUUGGUCUCCAGGCUACAAAAAGGACAUAGCAGCACUAGAAAAGGUCCAGAGAAGAGCAACCAGGCUGAUUCCAGGGCUACAGGGUUUGAAUUAUGAGGAAAGAUUAAAAGAGCUGAGCCUUUACAGUUUAAGCAAAAGAAAAUUAAGAGGUGACAUGAUUGAAGUGUUUAAAAUUAUGAAGGGAAUUAGUGCAGUGGAUCGAGACUGUUAUUUUAAAAUGAGUUCAUCAAGAACACGGGGACAGAGUUGGAAACUUGUUAAGGGUAAAUUUCGCACAAACAUUAGGAAGUUUUUCUUUACACAAAGAACGAUAGAAACUUGGAAUAAGCUACCAAGUAGUGUGAUAGACAGUAAGACGUUAAGGUCUUUCAAAACUCGACUUGAUGUUUUCGUGGAAGAAAUAAGUGGAUAGUACUGGCGAGCUUUGUUGGGCUGAAUGGCCUGCUCUCGUCUAGAGUGUUCUAAUGUUCUAAAGACACGUAUGAUAUAGACAUUUGCCUGCGUGCAUUGGCUGAAAAUUCUUUGAAGGGCUGGUAAUGCUGCCAGCCGCAGGAUUUAUCUUAAAACUUUAGGAACUGGUAAAUGAUUUGCCCCCCUAUACCCCCCCCCCCCCUUUUUUUGAUAUUCGUUAUUAAUUCCAAGGGGAAAUUGUCUUUUCGCCUGGUCUUGGAGGUCAGAGCACAGGGCAGCCACUGUACAGUGCCCCGGUGCAAUUUUCAGGUUAAGGGCCUUGUUCAAUGACCCAACAGAAUAGGAACCCUUCUGGCAGUAACGGUGUAUAAACAGGCAACAUUCCUUGUAUCAGCCUCAGAAUCACCCCUCCACCUUCUUGUGCAUGUAUGCAGUGUUCAAACGGUACAAAACAUAAUUCAGAUGCAACACAAGUGCUGCAAAUGCCAACUCUUCUUGUGUUUUUCUUCCGUGAAGGGUGACUAAUCAGGGAGAUGAGAUGUUGUAAUGAGCCUGACCCAAUCAUGGAAGGGCUACGUAAUAAGAACAAACAAAUCAGAGCGUGAUUCGAGUCUGCAUUUUCACCCAUCUACGUUGCAUUGCAGAGCCAGUGUUUUCAGAAGUAUUUGCUCUGGAGAGCAUUUUUAAAAGUCUCAGUUUUCUGGCGUUAAGCAAGCUGUGGUAGUGUGGACGAAAGGCAAAACAGACUGAUGUCUGUGUUUUUAAAAAAAACAGUAGUAAUGUGGAUAUAGCCUAAGGGUGAACACUAAUGUAUUUUUUAUAUUAUUUAACUGCCUUUUAACAUUAUGAAUAUAUAAAAUGAUAUUGUUUUAAUUUUAAAUUUGCCAUUUUUAAUUUUGAUAAUUCUUUUGAUUUUGUAUCUUUGAUACUUAUUAUUAAAAGCACUUUAUUGUGUUUUAUUACUUUACUGUAAUACAGGCUAGCAUUUUUACCACUUUAGUUUCUAAAAUAAUAUUUAGUUUUAGUAUAGUUUUGCAUAGUGGGUAGCGUUGCUCCCUUGUGCCUCCACAGACCUUGUUUGAUUCCUGACUAGGUCAGUGUCUGCUUGGAGUUUGUUCAUUAUCUGCAUGUGUUUGUGGUUCUUCUUAGCAACUGUCAUGUCCUCAAACAUCAGCUUAUUAGACAGAUGGGUAACUCCCAGUCAGGCUGCUAUGAAUGGGUGACCGUGCUCGCUAAUAGACUGGAGUGGUCAGGGCUGCAUUUUCCGACAAUAAUACAGUGGGGGGAAAAAAGCAGGUCAUAAAAGUGAAUAAAUGAAGGAAUGGAUUCAUCAAUAACCAUUUACAUAAAAAUGAAACAAGAUCACAAUUCAAUAAACUACUGAUUAUAGUAUGUAUACACACAAACACACUCAAUAUGCAUCUUUAGGAAAUGUGCUUUGGUACAAUGCAAUUUUAAUAUAUUAUAAUUCAAGCAGGAAAUGGAGCGUCACAAUAGAAGUUGCAGUUGGUCGUGUUUUAUUAUUUAUACAGUAAGUAAUCCUGGUCAGUCUUGAUUUGAGCAUUCAGAUGGUAUUAUGAGGGAAAAAAAUAAUGUUGAAUAAAAGAUGUUAACCAAUGAAAAUGACAUACUCCUGCAGCUGGCAUGGUUAGUUUUGUUUUGAAAAAGCUAUUUUAAAUAAUAAAUGUAUUUCUCUCACAAA